CAUCCUCACCUGUAAAAAAAAAAAAAUCAUGUCUAUAUGGUCGGAUGAUAACACCAGUGUUCUUUUACAAGCUGCUGUUGAGUUCCGGCAGACCACCGGUUCACCGGUGUCAUUUUCAACCAUCGAUGACUUUAUGGAUAUAGUUCGUGGUUUGUUACCUCCGCAACUGACUCCUCGUCAAGUUUACAACAAAGUUCGUCGUCUUCGGCGCAAAGCUAGCCACUGCGGCGAGACUCAGAACAAGCGUUUGAAGCUAGCUUCCAUGGCCUUCGCUCCAGCUGAGAAUGAGCCUGCAGGUUCUGAUCAUAGAGAAGAUGAUGAAAAAAGGAUUGAACUUGAGAAAGUUGAUGCAGUAGUACUGCAGCCGUAUCCAUUUCCAUUCUUGAAGAUGGGUUUGGAGGGGAUGGAGAAGUUGAUGUUUGAGGAGGUGGUGAAGCAAGGUUUGGUUGACAAACAUAUUUUGGAUGAAUUGGAGAAAAAGUGGAAAGAUAUUUCUGUGAAGAAGCUGCAGCUUCGUUCUGAGAGUUUUCUGCUUCAUGAUCAAAGUCUGAAGAUGUUGAUUGAUGCAAUCCAGAAGAAAUAUGCUGAUUUGUGAUAUUAUGGCGUUGGGUUUCUUUUUAUAUGUUAUUUUGUUAGUUUUAGUUCUAAGGAGGAUAUGAUGAAAUGGUGCUUUUUGUUGUGCAUUUUGGUUUCUGUUUCCUAGCUAGCUCCUUUAAACAAUG